UCAAACAUCAUCAAUUCUGUUUGCCUUCAUGGCUGCCGUGGAGCUCUACCAGCACCAUGUGCGACCAUCGUUGCGUGCGUCCCGACCAUGCGCAGAACGAGGUCCUAGCAGACAAGGACUUGCAAAACCAGUCUUGGCCACUGCUGCUGCCUUCUGGUCCAGGCUCUACUUCGAUCGGCCAAAGCUGAGAUGCCGAGUCGGAGGAGAACCAGAGAUGUGGAAGGAACCAAGCAAGGAGGAGCUUGCAGCUGCAGCUGCGGAAAUGGACGAGAUGGCACCUUUCAGGAACACUGUGGGAUUCCUGGGGCUCCUGCUUCUUGGGAAGGCGCUGCCGGACGCCGUCUUUGCCGUGCUGCGGAACUGGGCGGGCAUCCGUGGUGCCGAGAAGUUGGACUAUGCCAUGCUGGGCGCAGAUGCCCUCUUCUCCGCUGUAGGCAGGAUCAGCUCUCCGUGGCCAUUGCCAUGUCGGCACAGCAUGACACGGAGACUUCUUCAGAUAUAAUGCCAUCAUAUGCAAACCUUAGUUUGCUGAGAAAACCUGUCAGGUCAGGCGAUUCUGUUCCCACUAGCCAGUCAGACGUUGAAUAGAUUGGGCCACCUGUCCUAUGACACCGGGCUCAAGGAGUCUUCGGGAUUGAAUGAUCGAUAGGCAUUGGCCUGCUCUACACUGCCAUCGUGCUGAUGGCUCCUGGUGUCCCUGACAUCCCGCAAGUGACAAAAGACUUUCAAGAGCGGUAGGACAUUUGAGCUCAUUCUGUCUAAACCAUUCAAAAACCGCAUGAAGGGCAUGAAGUGUAUAUACUAACUUCCGCUGAACUGGAAGCAUUUGAAGUGCCUUUGAUGGCCAAGAUGAAAGCCUGGUGCUGGCUGCCACUGGCGUUGCAUCGACUCACCCACUGGCGUUG